AUGAUAAAAUAUGGUAAUGUAAAGGCUGCCAUAUAUCUGCAGAGGUAUAAAUAUAGCUUUAUUCAAAGUUCUAGGGAAAAGAUCACUGCUUCCGAUUAUUAUAACGAUAAUGGUAAAGAAAUGGGUGAUUAUGCAAGAGAAACACUGCCCGAUGCUUAA